AUGGUGAUGAUAGGAGGGUAUCGAUUCAUUUUUUCCGCCGAUCCAGCGAACACACAAGCCAUGGCUAUUAUGUAUUUUUGUAUAGGUUGUUGCGCACUUUGCUGUAAUUUAUUCAAUGUCUACAUUUUCUAUUCUCUUCAAAGACACAGCAAAAAGUACAAGCUCUUCAUUGCGUUGGAAGUGGGCGAAAUUGUGAAUUGUAUUGCCUAUAUUUCGACGGGUGCUGGUCGAUAUGCGACUUUUGAAUCAGGAACAAUUUUUCAACCAAUCACCACAUUGGGCUGUUUUCUUUAUCGACCGUGGUCAGUUUUUCUCUUGAUGGGCACCCAGAUUCCGGCUGCGUUGAUCAUGAUCUCCGUUGUGGAAAGAUUGACAGCCGUUUUCCGCCCGUCAACCUAUCAAAGGGUAUGGGAUGAAAAAUUCAAAACAAAAGCCAUCCUUCUCGUCGUUUUGCUAGAAUUGUGUUCAUUGGGUCUUGCUUUUUACUCAGCAUGGAGUGAUACGAUUCCAAACGGGACCUCACAUUGCCCAGUGACCGCCGCUGUCUCUUCCCUAUACGGGAAUUUUCAUUUCAUUUUUACGGUUCUCACUUUCACAAUCAGUUUCUUCUCGUUGGCUUUCGUUUACUUCAGCAAAAGGGAAAUGAUUAGUUCCAAGGGCGGACAAGGAUAUUUCUUGGCAACAAUGACAUUAACAGGUAUUUGCGUGAUUGUGAUGGGUUUCCCGGCUAUUGUCUCAUUGGGUAACGCGUGGAAUCUCUAUCAAGCUGGCGAUUUAUUCUUUGGGAUAUCCAUUUGUGCGCCGAGCCUCAUCUCCAUCGCAACGACAUUCUCCAAUGGAAUGUUCCACAAAGAUUACAGACGAAAGGUCUAUCAAAUGGUUGGCCGUCGAUUUGGUUGUCAUCUCUCAUCAAGAGAUGAAUCUUCAUUCAAAGAUAAAGUAACCAUCAUGCCGACCACCAUUUUCUCAUCCGUCCAAAGAAAGAGCACCCUCACUGCUGGAAUCACGCUCUCGGUGGCUCCAAUGGCG